UCUUCUAUUUGCCCCCAAGCCUAUCCUGUGUCUGGCAGCUGCCCAUUCGACAGCAACAUAUCACAGAAUCUCAGCUCUCUGCGCAAGCAAAGUGAAAGCCAAGUAAACCAAGUAAACCUUCUGGAAAGCCCUGAGCCCAGGCAGCAGGGUACAAGGAGAAGGGGGCCAGGGCCAUCUGAGAGAGGAGAGUCCUCCUGCUAUCAGAGGCAUCUAAGAUGAAUCCCACCAGCCAAUUCACUGGCACAACAGAAUAUGACUACGGAUACGAUGAAAACACUGCUCCGUGUAACGAAGGAAACAACUUUCGCAGGUUUAAUUCCCUCUUUCUGCCAAUUCUUUACUGCCUUGUGUUUGUCUUCUGUCUCCUGGGAAACUCCUUGGUCCUCUGGGUUCUCCUGACGAGGAAAAGGCUGACAACAAUGACUGACAUCUGCCUGCUGAACCUCGCAGCCUCUGAUCUCCUCUUUGUUUUGCCCCUCCCUUUCCAAGCCUACUAUGCUUCAGACCAGUGGGUUUUUGGCAAUGUCAUGUGUAAGAUAAUGGCUGGCAUUUACUACACAGGUUUUUAUAGCAGUAUUUUCUUUAUAACCCUCAUGAGCGUAGACAGGUACAUAGCAAUUGUCCAUGCUCUCCAUGCCACGAGGAUAAGGACAGCCACUUGUGGCACAGUUAUCAGCUUGAUCCUGUGGCUGGUGGCUGGCUUGGCUUCUGUACCCAACGUCGUGUUCAACCAGGAGCUGGAGGUCGAGCAGGCGUUGCAGUGUGUCCCCACGUACCCCCCAGGUGACAAUACCUGGAAAGUUGCUUCUCAGUUUGCAGCCAAUAUCCUGGGCCUCUUGAUUCCCUUCAGCAUCCUUGUUUGCUGCUACACUCAGAUACUAAGAGACCUGCAAAAGCGCAAAAACCGUGACAAGGUCAAGGCGAUCAAGAUGAUCUUCAUCAUUGUCAUCGUCUUCUUCCUUUUCUGGACUCCUUUCAACAUCGCGCUGUUCCUGGACUCUCUGCAGAGCCUGCACGUCAUCAAUGACUGCAAGGCGAGCUCCCAGAUAGCGCUGGCCCUGCAGCUGACAGAAACUAUCUCCUUCAUCCACUGCUGCCUGAACCCCAUCAUCUACGCCUUUGCUGGCGUCACCCUCAAGGGCCAUCUCAAAGCAUUCCUUCAGUCCUGUGGCCUCGUCCUCUCCAGCCCUGCCGGAGGUGCCGGGGCUGCACACUCGUUCUCGGCACCCACCCAGCUCUCCCUGACAGCGCAGGGGUCCUGUGAGCACACCUGAGCCACCUUCUGCUGGGGCGAGGGGCUGGCCAAAGGUCUGCUGUGGUCCUGGGGGUUGUGCCACGUGUGCAGCAUCCCCUGGGAGGUGCAGUAUGCUGUGCCUCCUGUUGGGAUACGCUGUGACCUGCCACACAAGAACUUGUGACAUCGAUUUCCCAAGAGAACCAGUGUUUGUGAAAUGGUGACCAUACAUUGCCACAGAACAAUUUUUAAUUAAGUUUUGGAGCUCCUUUAAUACACUUCAGCAAGUAGGCUGCUUCCUCUAGUAUCUACUUUCUCCUCUGACAAAAGCGUCGCGUCUGCCUCACCCCCAAGUAUGCUGUGCCUUGUGGACGCUGAAUCUCUACAUCCCUGGGACAAGUGUGUGACACCCCUCUGAAAAGUGGGAAGAGGACAGGCAUGGGAUUGCCUCAUACGGCAAAGAGGGAAUCACCUCAGACACUGUCACGGUUUUCCCUUUCCCUCAGAUCCCAGAGGAAAAACCCCCUCAGCUCAGAGCCCUGCUUGUUGUGGGAUGG